CUCCUUUUACCAUCACCGUACCAACAAAAUGGGAAAAGUUCACGGAUCUCUCGCUCGUGCCGGUAAAGUUAAAUCUCAAUGCCCCAAGGUUGAGAAGCAAGAGAAGCCCAAGCAACCCAAGGGCCGUGCUUACAAGCGCCUGCUUUACGUUCGUCGCUUCGUGAACGUUACCAACAUGGUCGGCGGCAAGAGAAGAAUGAACCCUUCCUCUUAGGAUGCUUCUAUGAAUUUAUUCUCAAAAAACCGUUGCAUACUUUCCUAAAAGAAUUGAAUAGUAGUACUGGUUCACCGUUCAUGAGCUUUGAGUUGUGUAAUUCGUGUGUCUUGUCCUCUUCCACCCUAUUCUGCUGCAGCAGGCUAGCACGCAUUGUUCCUUCCAGAAGACC